AUGUACGAGGAGCGAUUUUUGUCGUCAGUACCUCAAGGAAAGAGACGAAUCACGGCUCAGGUGGCUGCCAAAAUGAAUAGAUAUUUUCGCAAGCGAUACAAAGAGAAGUUAUUAGUUGUCAAGGAAAAUAGUUUAUUAUGUGAAACAUGUUUUGCAAGAGAACAACGGCGAACAUCCAGUAAGAAGAAUACCAGAGUGCAUUCGUCGGAAGAGGAGUUUAGGCAAAGUGCACCAUUAGCUGGUUUAAUAACACAUCCACCGGUUCAUAAAAAUAUAAGAAGAUCAUCAAUAUCAUUAGGCGAUCCGAUUGACACGUCACGAUCAUUAUUUUUGCAUAGUACACCACUUGUGACUGGCAAACAAUCAAUAAUCGAUUCCAUCCAUAAUAUCUCGUUAACAGAUAUGUCAUCACCGUCAGAUGUUGAAACAACGUGCGAUUUUAAAUCUAAGUCAGAUAAAAAUAAAUUAAAUGGCUUAUUAGAUGUAUUCGAUCUGUCUCCUAUCAAAGACACACGAAACGCAAAUGUGUUACAUGAAAAAUGUCAAAUACUUCUGAAAAAUACGAAAGCUUUAUCAAAUUCUUUCAAAAGUUCAAGUAGUAGUUCCACAAACGAGACAACACUCGAAAAUAACAUCAGCUACGAAGAUAUGGAACACUUGGUGAUCGGCUUUCAGAAACUAGUACUUAUGAGCGAUCAUUCCGAGCGUAUUCGUUUGCUUACAUUGUGCCCGCCGACUUGGGGUAGGCGUGAUAUUUCGAAACAUUUUUCGGUUACUGAGUGGGUAGGUCGUAUGGCGAUCGAAUUGUGUGAAUCAAUUGGGGUUCUAGCAGGCUAUGAAAAUAGCCAAGACCGUGAUCAAAUAUCUCCAUUGACAAUUCAAACGGUUCUGGCUUACUAUGAGGUUCCAUCGACUGAAAUACCAACAUUAUAUCCUGGAAUUGAUAUGGAUGAAGAAGUGAAUUGGAUGAAAUGGGCAAAUGUUAAUGGGAAAAUAGAUAUUUAUCGAUUAAGCGGGUCAGUCAGUGAUCUUUUGAUCGAAAUGAACCAUCAGUGGUCAAAGUUUAUUAUGCAUUCCAACAUAACAAAUGCUCAAUUCGAGUACAUUCGUAAUUUAAAACAGUCACUUGCAUCUGAUACAGCUCUUGUUCAUAUGGACUUCGCCGAAAAUUACUGUAGCACAGAUACUGACGAUGAUAUACGAUAUGACUCUGAUUCUCCAAAAGAUGAAGCCAAUAACACUAAUGACAUAUCAUCCUCAACAAAUUUAUCUUCGAAACAUCGAGGCACCAAACGUUUAAGUAAUAAAAUGAAACCAUGUCUGGUACAUAGAACGUCAACAAGUGAUGAAGAAUUACAAAAUCAUUUUAUAGCACGCAUCAAUGAACAGCCAACACAUGGCAUCCUCAAAGUUCCUAGUGGCUCAACAAGUCCUGAAUUACAAAUUCCACAGCAUCCUAUGAAGCCUCAUAAAUUACGUGCCAGAUCUAAAUCUGUCUCACCUACACCACAUGAUUUAUCGUCUGUUACAAUUGGUGCUCCAAGUAAUCAUCAUUAUCAUUCACGUAGUCGACAUAAAACUGUGCAAUCAUUUAAUGUAACUGUUGAUGUUCGUCAUAAUGAAGAAAAUCGGCCCAGCCCAAAUCGAACAAUCAUAAAUAAAAAGUAUCAAGAACAAACGAUUGUUUCAACAGCAGCGCACAAUUCGGAUCGUGUAACACUUGUUGUCGAUGAAACACGCUUUGUUAUUGAUCCACAAUUAUUUCGCGCACAUACGAAUACGAUGCUCGGACGUAUGUUUAGUUCGUCAUGGGAAACAUCAUUGAUACCAAAUCAACGUGGAGAAUAUGAAAUAGCUAAUGGAAUUUCAGCCACAAUAUUUCGAGCAUUACUAGAUUUCUACAGUAUUGGAACCAUUCGAUGUCCACCGUCAGUUAGUAUUCAAGAUCUUCGUGAAGCUUGUGAUUAUUUUCUUAUCCCAUUUGAUCAACUAACAAUUCAAUGUCAAGAUCUCUGUGGUUUACUACACGAAUUAUCAAACGAUGGUGCAAAAAAACAGUUUGAAAUAUUUCUCGAAAAAAAUAUUUUUCCUGUACUGGUUGAAUCUGCUCAACGUGGCGAUCGUGAAUGUCAAAUAGUGAUUUUAUGUGAUGAUGAUUUAAUUGAAUGGGACGAUGAUUAUCCACCACAACUUGGUCAAGAAGAAGAUAAAGCUCAAAUCAUACGUUCGACGUCGAUGUAUCGAUUUUUUAAGUAUAUUGAAAAUCGUGAAGUUGCCAAAUUAGUUUUAAAAGACCGUGGUUUGAAAAAGAUUCGCAUGGGUAUUGAAGGUUAUCCGACACACAAAGAAAAAGUUCGUUGUCGUCCACGAGCGAGACCAGAAGCAAUUUAUAGUUAUAUUCAAAGGCCAUUUAUUCGUAUGUCGUGGGAAAAAGAAGAAGCUAAAUCACGUCAUGUUGAUUUUCAAUGUGUUCGUAGUCGUUCCGUGAACAGUCUUUUUGAUUCGAAUGAUGAUAAUUCAAACAAUGGUUUACUUUUACCAUUUCUUGAAGCAGCCCAAAAUCAAAUGAUACCACCACCUCCAUCGCCCAGAGAACUUUUUCCGGCUCUCCCGUCAUUUUCUUCAUCCGGAGCAACGGGUGACACAUCCUAUACUGAUUAA